AUGGGUAUUCAGCUGCGUAAGCUGAUGCGCGCUCGCGUGAUUGUAGUAUUUGGCACUACCAGCCGUAUAGGGCGCUCGGCGUUAGAAGUGCUGGCCGCACAGGAUCAAGUUUCUGUGGCUCUCGUGGCGGCAGUCGAGAAUGCCAAGGAUCCACGAGUGCAGCGGUUGAAGUCCGCAACAAACUGUUUUAUUGUGCAAUGUAAUUUUGCCCAAGGUGGUGAGGACUCACUACGUCGUGCUGUGCGCAAUGCGGACGCUGUACUACUCGUCCCUGCACUAUCAGAGAGUGGAGUGCGUUUCUCAAGGCGUGUUAUCGACGCUGCAGCAGCAGAGCAGGUCUCGCGGCUUGUUGUGAUCAGCAGUAUCUUGGCAUCACCGGGACUAUUAGCUCUUUGUCGUCAAGAGCACGCAAAGGAAUUGCCAGCAACUGAAGCUGUCGGUUCGACUCCCACUGAUGUUGCUGUGCUGGAGGGCUACGAGGCAGUGGAAGCUCAUGCAAGAAAUCAGCUUCCCGAGCAAGGUCGUUGUGUGUUUCUUCGAAUUCCUCUUUUGAUGGAGACACUGCUAUACUGUCGUGACGAGCUGCUAUUUGCUAACCGUUUCAUCGGGUGCUUCAGACCAGACACGCGCGUGCCUUGUAUUUCGGUUCGUGAUGUUGGAUAUGCAGCUGCCGAGGUGCUAGCAAAUCCAAAGCGGAAGUACGAGGCGGUAUAUCGGUUGACUGGUAGGAUCAGUGCGAGCUGCAGCCCAAAUGAAUUAGUGCGUUCUCUUAUGGGGCACCUUGGGCGAGAGAUCAAGUACCGCAAGCUGAGCGACGGUGACUUUCUCCGUGUAAUGAAGGAAAAGAAUGCACCCGAUCAAGUCGCUCAAGGCACUGUCGGACUUCGUAUCUUUUUGGAAGAACGUGAAGUGGGUGAAGAAGAAGCGAGUCGCAACCAAGAAGAGAUGACGAGUCGGACUCAACAGGAGGAACAGCGUUUGCUGCAUCUACCGGAAGCGUUUCACAGUACAGGCGACUUCCGGCUACUUACCAAGCGAGACCGAAAGACUCCACGACAGUGGCUGCAGCGACAUGCAACUUCGUUGUUCGCGCGUACUCCGCAGAACCAAGUGCAAUUGUUUGUUGUGGGCUCAGGCGAGGCCCUGUUUCUCGAGGUGAGCAAGUUCGUGGCGAGUCAAAUUACAGCCCCGUCAACGCUUCCACCACGCGAAGUUGGUGAAAGCGCCAUUCCGACUGUUCUUCCUAGUCGUCACAGUCAACGGGGAGUUGAUGGAGGCCUUGAGCAGGCCAAAGUUACGCUGUGCACUGUUAAGGCAGCCCCAGGGAGUAUUGAGCGAAGAAGAGCUUCUGGGGUGCCGUCGCCACCAACCGUGUACCAGCUUGAGGGAGCCCCACCAUAUCCCAUGGCAGACUUAUUAACGCAGCUUUCGUCAUUGGAUGUUGUGUUGCUCAUUCCCCCGCUCCGACUUGGUGGCAGAGCUUGCCUUGAUGUGGUGCGUGCAGUGGUCUGGGCUGCCGUGCGUGCCAAUGCCUGGGGUGUGGUGUUAAAAUCGAAAGCUGCGUCAAGACGUCGGGGGGUCUCGUACACGAUCUUGCGGCUUCCGCUGUUCAUGGAGUAUUUUUUGGCGCUUUCGUAUUGCGAGGAAGGCAGAGAGAGUCUGGGAGAUUUGGAAGAAGAAAAACGUGAGGUGCCUCCUGUUGAUGAAGCUCAAUUCGAAUCCGAGUCAGAGGUCCAAGCUGCUGAUGCUGUGGAAGCAGGAGAAACCAUGUUAUCUCCUCCGUCGCACAUUAUGUGGCCGUUGCUUGAGUCUUCGUUGGCGUCUGCGCGAGUCUACUUGAUGUCUCUCGAGGACGCAGCAAAGGCUUUGGUAGCCGCUGCCUUCACGUUUCCUCUACAUCGAGGUAAAACUAAAGAGCUCUACACCACAAGCGUCACAAUGACUGAAGUGCAGCGUACCCUCCAACGUCACGCAAACAAGGCUCGCCCUGUGCGUUUAAGUCGCGUGGAUGCUUUAGGCGAACAACACGGUCGUGAAUUCUGGCGCGUUGCAUACUGGCCCCGUGCACAUACGCAGCAGUUCCUUGAAUGUGCGGUGGAAUUUGCAAAGGACGUGCAAACUGCUGCUGACACUGCGGCUGCUGCUGGAGGCAUUGUUGACACCAGUGCAAUGGUGUUGCCUGUGUCGCAAAGCUUCGAAGACCUCACCGACAUUCCGCCCAUAACUCUUGACACGUGGGCUGAAGCUAAUUCCAAGCGCUAUACUCAUUUGCUUGCUGCUCACUAA